AAUAAUUUUGUAUCAAGCCUCUAAUUUUUUUUUUUUCCAUAAUUACUUUUUUUUUCAUUUUUAGCUAAAAUUAAGGUGAAAAAGUAAAUGUUUUUGUUAGUCAAAAUCAAAAUAUAAACGUAACUGACUGCUCAUAAUAUAUAUAGCCAUGUAAAACGUGAACCACACAUUUAUAUACAAAAACAAAAUCUCUGAUUUUCAAAGAAAAGAAAAACAUGUCCGGCGCCGGCAAGGUCGUGGCAGUCACCGGAGCCUCCGGUUACAUAGCUUCAUGGAUCGUUAAGCUUCUCCUCCAACGUGGCUACACUGUCAAAGCCUCUGUUCGUGACCCAAAUGAAUCAAGAAAGACUGCCCACUUAACUUCACUUGAUGGAGCUAAGGAAAGGCUUCAACUGUUCAAAGCAAACUUACUUGAAGAAGGUUCAUUUGAGUCUUGUCUUGAAGGUUGUGAGGGAGUGUUUCACACUGCAUCGCCUUUUUAUCAUGAUAUUAAGGAUCCACAGGCAGAACUACUUGAUCCUGCAAUUAAGGGAACACUCAAUGUUCUUAACUCGGUUGCAAAGUUCCCGUCUAUUAAGCGAGUGGUUUUGACAUCUUCCAUCGCAGCAGUUGCAUACAACGGAAAACCAAGAACCCCUGAUGUUGUAGUGGAUGAAACCUGGUUUUCGGAUCCAAAUAUUUGUAAGGAAUCUCAGUUAUGGUAUGUGCUUUCGAAGACAUUGGCUGAGGAUGCUGCAUGGAAGUUUGUUCAUGAGAAAGGGAUUGACAUGGUUACAAUCAAUCCAGCCAUGGUGAUUGGUCCUCUGUUACAGCCAACACUAAACACAAGUGCUGCUGCAAUUUUGAACUUAAUUAAUGGAGCACAAGCAUAUAACAAUUUGAGCCUUGGAUGGGUGAAUGUGAAAGAUGUAGCCAAUGCCCAUAUUCAAGCUUUCGAAAUCCCUUCAGCUAAUGGAAGAUAUUGUUUGGUUGAGAGAGUUGCCCACUAUGCCGAAGUUGUCAAAAUGUUACGCGAGCUCUACCCAAGCCUUGAACUUCCCGAAAAGUGUGCAGAUGAGAAACCUUUAGUUCCGAUAUACCAAGUUUCGAAGGAGAAAGCGAAGAGCUUGGGUAUUGAAUACAUUCCAUUAGAGACUAGUUUGAAGGAGACUGUGGAGAGCUUGAAGGAGAAGAAGUUUGUUAGUUUCUAAGUCAUAUUCUAUAGUACAAGUGUUGUAUUGAAGCCCUUUAAAUGACUUGUUCUUAAUAAAAUAGGGGCAUUUGGCUUGAGGAACUAGAAGGAAAUGAAAAAAAAUGGCAUUUUUACUUUUUCUUUUCCCUCUUUAUAAUAAAAAAAGGUAGUCAUGUUUUUUAA